GAAAAAAAGUGACCAACAAUUACAAGUUUUUGUCCUGCAAUUUUAUUUCUUUCAUUAAACCUGGUUUAAAAAAGUGAACACUGAAAUGCAGAAUUAAGAGGAGUAACAGACAUUGCAGAAAAAUUACACAUUACAUAAAUUAUAUGUACUUAAAACAAUAUAAAACACCUUUUUCCUUAGACAUAUUCUGUACUCUGACCAAGGUCCAUCACUUUUUGGAAUAGGUGUUCUGAGAACUUCAGAAUUGCUGAUAUUGAGUUUUCUAUCAUAAAUAGAAAUUAGAAAUGAAUCUAUAUAGGUAAAAAGAGGGAACAUAAUUAUAUGUUAAAUUGAAAUCUUUGGAAUUUUUAAACAUCUUUGCAGAAAUAUAAAUAUAUAUUUAUUUAAAUUAUAAUAGGUGGAUAAAAGUGACAAAAAUGAUAGAAGUUAAACCUUGGACAGAGUGCAGUGAUUCAUUCUCUAAGCAUCGUUUUAUUUCUGAAUUUAUUUUAUUACUCAUUCAAUGUAUACCCACUGGUGAUCAUGUUUUGAUAAGUCAAAGAUCACCCUUGGGUAUUUGGUAUCUAUAUUAAGCUAAUGACAGACAUGACAUGCCAUUAAUUUUGGGCAGGAUUGUAGAUCCAAUCUAGACAUGCUAGAAGCAUGAGUAUGCAUGUUUUGUUAACAAUGAUAUGCAUAUGCAAAUACAUGUUCAAUAUAAAUUCACCAAAAUACCAAACAUGCAUUAUAUAAACAUUUUAAACAAUAUAGAUUACACAAUCAUGAUAGUUACAGCAUUCAUAACAAACUUAAAAACACCCUUGACAACACUUAAACAAAAUCAAUGAAAUACAAUUCAUUUUAAAAGAUAUAUACCUAAGGCCUAGGUGUCUCAUGAAUACCAGUUUUAUCUAUUUAAAAAAAAUACAUGCAACCUUAGUGACAAACCAAACUUAAGAGACAAAUUUAAAUUUUAAAUGAGUAUGUUUUUAAUACAGCGUGAUUAUAGGCAUUUAAAUUUUUUCUCUUUAGUUAAGUAACAUUGUACAGUAGCAUGAUAACCCAUCAUGCAAUGAACUUAUGAGGGCAGCAUGGAUGGUCAUGGCCAUUUAAAAUUAGAAUGUUUAACCUUAAGGUACCUCACUACACCCAGACUUAUACUUUUUAAGACACUACGUCACAAGAUGGCAAUUGAAAUGUUUUAUUAAACUGUUUAUAUCGUUCGAUUGGGUUGUAUAUCGUCGUAGCUCAGUGGCUAAAGUAUUAAGUUUCUGAACCGCAGAUCAUGAGUUCGAAUCUGCCUGGAGCUUUUGUUCAUGUUAACUGAAUUAAAUUUUUUAAAAUGUAAUUUUUCAUCAAAAAUUGCACAUUUUUUGCCUAUUUGACUUAAAUACUUCUUAUCCAUUAUGAUAUCUCUCAUAAUCAAGUAAUUUUUUGCUGAUUUGAGAAAAUAUUUCAAGGUUUAGUGAACCACCUUAAGAUCUUUAGAAGAAGAUCGAGCUCUAUUUAAAGAUACAGGAAAAUACUCAUUGACAAUUGAAAACUAAACUUCAUGGAUUUUUUUCUUUACUAAAUUAAACAAUAGUUAAUAGCUUAACAAUUCAUAUAUGAAAAUUGAAGUCACUAAGAUCUGGUGAGAAGCUUGUUGACCAUCCAGCCUCCUUAAAACUGACAUUGAUAAUUAGGUCUUAAAAUAGCGUUAAAAAAUAUGUUAACCCCAUCAUCCAAUCAUGCCAAAGUUUGAUAUUUAAUUUUUUUAGCAAGUAUGCAGUCUCUACUUGUAGAUUGAACUAUUAAAAAAAGCUUGGACUUUGGGAUAGGAUGCAACUACAGUAACUGUAGAUUCCUAUUCAAACGCAAGGAAUUAAUAUCCGCGUAAAAUCAAGAGUAGCGCCUAUUUUAAAAUCUCGCUUUUAUUUUUUGGACAUAUGUGAACUACAUGAAACUAUGAUAAAAAUUCUGCAUUCGUGAUUUUAUGUUCUCGCGAUUGGAUGGAAAAUGGCUCAAUUGCAGAAUUAAGUACUCACGUAAAAUAAGGAAUUUACAGUAUCUAUUUCUUGCAUCUUUUAAAGAUGCUAGUUUCAAGUGAAAUAUGCAUAGAUUGCAUAGUUUAAGCUCAAACGCCAGACAAAUCUUGCUGAUUUCAAAGAGCCAUGACUGAUUGGCCAGCAAUGAAAUAGACAGGUGAUACCUCACAUUGCUGUUUGAUGCAACAACCCAUAGUCCAAACUUUAAAAUGGCUCUAUCAGUUGCAAGGACAUAUACAUGAUAUUUAUUUCAGGAAUAUGGAAUCAUUCUUUGAGUGAUCAAAUCUAAUAUACCAGUAGCUGAAAAUGAUAGAUUUGAUAAUGCCCGACCAUAUUUGAUCACCUAAUAAUAUUCAAAGAAUGGUUCCUAAUAUUAAUAAUAUGUACAUAAUUUUCAGCAAUUUUGUGAUUAAAUAUAUAAAUAGUCAAUGAUGAGAUUUAUUAAACAAUACAUUACAAAAUUGAUUUGAAAUGUUAAUUAUCACAGACAAGGACACUGGAAAAUAUGAAUAUUUUUCAAUCAUUUUGAUCCCCCCAAAAUACUGUGUACGGACUGGCCUAGACAGAGUUUUCAGGCUUCCACUUCACUUUGUUUACAUUAUAGGAUUGACGUAAAAAUUUGACAACAUUACUGCAAAUAAAGAGUUUAAAUUGUUUAUAUAACUCUUAAAUUGUGGGUUUUUUAUUAUCAUUGCAUGAGUGACUUUCAAAUGUUUUCAGAUCUUGGGCGUCUUUAAGAUACACCAUUUUUUUAAAGAUAAACUUAAAUCACGUUUUUUUUGUUUGCUUGUACAUGAUGCUAAAAGUUAUAUCUUGUACUUUAAUCCACUAGAUAAAAGGUCAUAUCUCAUACAUUGACCGGAUCAAAAUGAGCAUAGUUCAAGUACACAUACAUGCAUGUAAAUGCAUAAUUUCAGUGUAAGAAACUCAUUUAGAAAUUGGUUGUGAUUAUUUCAUAGGAAAAGAAUGAAUUUGUUACAUGAAUGUAUGAAAAGCACGACUAAACAUAUGUAAUAAACAAUUGAAUAUGUAAGUGGUGUUUCACAAUGUUAAUUCCUUCUUUUAGUAAAAGCUAGUGCAAGUUAUAAAGAACUUGAGCUCAUACUUCAGCUUUGAGAAGAAAAUUGGGCAAUGUAAAAAAAAUAUAUAUACAUGAAAAUGUAAUGACAGCCUAUAAAUAGAAGUGAAGCUCAAUUUUUAAAAAAAUUGAAUAACAUGUGAUAGAAUUGUGUCAUAAAUGUCAAUUUUAGUAAAUUAAAGUUUAAAAGUUUACUGGGAUAUGAAUGGGUUGGUCACAUGAUCAAAUCCUGUGAAGCCUGAAGGGCCAACCAAGUUCAUAUCCCAGUGAACUUUUUAAUGCAUUGCAUGUUGUUUAUAACUUAUGUUUAUGCUUGAGAUAGGCAAAUUGUUCAGAUUUAUGAAUAUAUAAUCAUGUUUUAUGCUUAUUUAUUAAUAAUUUAAUGCAAAUGUCAAUUUAAACCAUAAGCCCAGGCGGUGAUCAUUUUGACAUUAAAAAUAUGAUCCUUUAACCCAUUAAAAAGUUUACGAAGAAAUAUAUAUGUUUAAUUUCUUAAAUGAACACAAAUUUAUAAAUCAACAUACACUUUUUUCAACUUCAAAAUAUUCAAUGAAAAAGAAUGCCCUUUUAGAAGAAAUAUGAGAAUGAGAAAUUUAACAUAUAUUGUUUUUUUCAUGAAUGCAAAGAAGACAUAUUUUAACAAUACAUUAAAGUUUUAAUUUAAUUUUUUUUUUACAGACAACAGGGGAGGUAUGUGCUGUGAAGUUGUUCCACGACCGUGUAUCCCAGCACUACGCUGCUGUACCACAUCGCGAAAUAGAGUUACUCCAGCGACUAAAGCAUCGGAACGUCAUCUCUAUAUAUAACAUCGAGAGAGAGGUAAGAAUCGGAACAUCAUCUCUAUAUAUAACAUCGAGAGAGAGGUAAGAAUCGGAACAUCAUCUCUGUAUAUAACAUCGUGAGAGAGGUAAGAAUCUGAACAUCAUCUCUAUAUAUAACAUCGAGAGAGAGAUGACGUCCAAGAACUUUGUUUUGGCGAUGGAGUACUGCGAUGGGGGCAGCCUGUAUUCCAUGUUAGACCAGCCCAAGUACUUCUAUGGCCUCCCCGAAGAAGAGUUCCUUAUCGUCCUCUAUGACAUCGCAUCAGGAAUGAAGUAUUUGAGGCAACAAGAUAUAAUACACAGAGAUAUUAAACCCGGAAACAUCAUGAGAAAAGUGGAUGAAAAUGGAAGAUCAAUCUACAAGCUGACAGACUUUGGUGCUGCUAGGAGAUUGGAGGAGGAGGAGACCUUUACAUCCAUCUAUGGGACAGAGGAGUACCUAGAUCCAAAUAUGUAUGAGCAUGCAGUAUUGCGGCGAGAGAGAAGCCAGGAUUUUGGAGCCGUUGUUGACCUGUGGAGUCUAGGGGUGACUAUCUACCACACUGCCACAGGGCACCUGCCAUUCCAGCCUUAUGGAGGAAGAAAAAAUACAGAAACAAUGUACAUGAUCACUACCCACAAGGCUUCAGGGGUGAUAUCGGGGGUACAGAAGACAGAGAACGGAGAGAUCGAGUGGAGGACAGACCUACCCCGCACUUGUCUACUCUCUCCAUUCCUGAAGUCCAUUGUGACCCCCAUCAUGGCAGGCCUGUUGGAGAGUAACACAAGCUUGCGCUGGACCUUUGAGAAGUUCUUUGGAACAGUGCAGUCAUUGAAGGAGAUGAGCACAAUCAAGCUGUUCAACUGCUCGACUGGCUCCAACAACAAAAUGUACAUCAACAAAAUGGACAGGUUUGCAAAGUGUCAGGAGCUGAUAGCCAAGGAGACUGAGAUAGCGGCCAGUGAACAACUGAUUCUGUAUCACAACCGGGAGAUCAGUGAAGUCAUCGACAUGACAGCAGAGAUCCAGAACUGGCCCAAAAAUGUGCUGCAUGGUCAGCUCUACCUGUUCCAGAGGGAGAGGCUGGACCAACAAAGACUGAACCAGCCGGAAAUACCACCAAUCCCUCAGUUCUUCAGCACUGACCCUGUAUCGUACGAGAAGGAUGCCUACGUGGCCCACAAGACGAGCGCCAUUGCUCACCUCACUGUAAGAUAUGUGACCUUGGCCAUUCAGGAACAGGAACUGAUGCAACUUGCGGAGAUUUCACUAAGAGAUUACAUUUUCCGCCUGACUAGUCACAUCAACAACACAAUUCCAGACAUGAAGAAGCUGCUGGAGGAACACAGUAAGAGACAGAACAUGUUCUACGGAAUCUACGCCUCAUUCAUAGGGUACCUCGAGGUCCUCCUACCACUGCUGAGGGAAAACCCGGACAUGGCGGCGGUUGUGAGGGACCGAUACGAGAGAAUACAGUUCAUAGUGUCUGACUGUAACCCCAGAGAGGUGCUCAAAAAGGCAGAAAAUCGCUCAGAGGAAUGCAAGGUCUACAUGGAGGUCCUGAUGAACAAGAUCUAUGAACAGGAGAAAGAGGCCAUCAGUCACUGUGUGGGCUGCUUAGAAGAAGAUAACUGCUCUCAGAAAGCUGAGCACCUGUGCAGCAAGAUCCAGGAGAUUUCUUCAGCCUUCUCUAAGGACAGGAAACAGAGGACGUUGUGUCCAGAGCUGGAGUAUGUCCAUGUGUCCGACAGGAUGAGGAUACAAGAUCUCUGUGUACAGUUGGUUUCUUUGUUACAAGGCCACUGUUUAAGGAAUCUAAUGAGAUCCUAUAGUGUAGUAGGAAAACAGAUUGGAUUACUCUUGAAGAAUGUCCAGAGAACAAAGAAAGUUGAGCAGAACAUUUCCUCGGUCAACGAUUGCCUGGAGAAACUCAGUAACCGCAUUGAUAAGAUGGAUAAGGAGUGUUUAUCUUUGGCUGAGCAGGCUAAGGAAGGGGUAAGGACACACAUCAAGAGAGGAUUCUCUCUCCCUGUCCCCCUACAAGUCCAGUUAAGGACCACGCCCUCCUCCCCUAACCGCCAAGAGGUACCCCCAAUGCUCAGAGACAGCGGUCUUGCAUCCAGUAUGGCCGCCAGUAGCACAGCAUCGACUAGCAGACUGGGAGAUGAAUUGACACAGAGGUUUACAAAGUUGAACACAGAAAGCUUUGAAGUUAAAGAGCAGGUGGAGAAAAACCAAAAAAGUGUGGAGGAAAAUGAUAGGAUGUUGAAGUUUGGUGUACAAGAGACACUGUCUCCUGACCUGUUUGCAGCAUCAGCUGACAGGGGUGGGGCAACAUGGGAAGGGGGCGCCAAUGGUUGACGAUUAAAAAAAACGGAGACCUGAGCACUGUUUCCCUGUAAUCAGUGAACUUGUUCAUACCACCACAGUAGCUUGCUGUUUGUUGUCAGUUCACUUAGAUAUUGAUCCCAGUUGGAAUGCACCCUAGAAAUCACAGAAAGACACUUUUACUACCUCCAUGAUUCAACACCUCACUAUCAUCAGUCAAAGAUCGGUUGGAGCAACUGAUGAGAAAUCUCUGACAGAAGUGGAGAGAUGUUUUUAAAAUAUAAAUGUGUUGGUGGGCUGCUUGCUUUAUAUUCCUAUGCCUUGUAACUUCAUGGUUUUAGUUGAUCAGAAAAUCAGCAAUGUGGAAAAUUAAGAAAUAAUGCUCCAAGAUUAGGAAGAUCUUAUUAUUUUCACCAAUUGUUUUACAUUUUUUAAGAUUAUUUUUUUAAAGAUAAAUUCCUUGAUAUUAAUUUUUGUAUUUUCCUAGUCAAUAGUUUGUGACUGUUAUUUUACAAACAAGUAUGGUACACUUAAUUUACUUGGAAAGUACAGGUUUAAUAUUGGAUCUGUGCUAUUAUUUGGUUGCAAAGUUACUAGGUGCAGUGUAAUGGACUCUAAUGGCUACCUUUCUACUGUGUAAAUGUAGUACAUGUACAGCCUUUCACUUGAUCUAUGUCUCCAGUAGAAAGAGAUAUUAAGAGGUGAACAUAACACUCAGACCUUUAAAAUGCAACAAGAUGGUGUAUCUGGUUAAUAGAGGAUAAAAAUGAAAAUAUAUAGUUGCUAAGUGAAAAUAAAAAUUUAAUGUUUAAAUUGAAUAUCUUAUAAAGAGAGGAAUAUGAGUUGAUCAGAUGUGUUUGUACAUGUAUUAUGAUUUUUUAAUACACAAACUCAGGAAAUGGGGAUAUGUUUUUACAAUUUUUGGGCAUUAAAACAACUUUGUUUGUUUCUCUGUAUAUUUUCUGUGUUUUUUUGUGGUGUUUGUUUUCAUUUGAAGUGCACUAAAUGAAGCCAAAAUAUCUUAAACAUUUUUGCAAUUCAUCCACCUAUCCAUACAUGUUAUUUAGAAUUUGAAAUUUCCCAAAUUUCAGUAGCAUGUGAAAAAGUAAAUGCAAGAUUUGGUAAUUGCACUGAUUAUUCUGAAAAGACUGAUCCCUAUUGAAUAUAAUUGAAGUGGGGUUGUCUUAUCUUUCAGUAAACAUUAUAUGAAUAUCAAGUUAUAAAAAUAUGCCAUCUUUGGAGUUUUCGAAGAAUAAUAUCCAAGAAAUAUUUUUACAUUUAGAUUGGGAAAUAAGAAGGAAAACAAUUUCUGUUGCACAAUAUCAGUAUUGUGUUUAAUAACCUUUUGUUAGGUUCAUAUUUAAGCUGUUUGUAUCGUAUAUGUUAUGGAUGGUGCUAUGGUGCCUGUGUUCAUCUUUCCCUACUAAUUUUUUUUAUACAUUUACAUUGAAAACUUGAUUAUAAAUAAUAAAUGUAUCUGUUAACUGUUUAA